AUGAAUUCAAGAUACAGUGAGCAAGAAAGUGAAUCUCUCUUGAAGGAAAAGACACAGAUAACGGCAAUGGACAUGAGUGAGGAGCAGCAUUUGGUGAAAGAGCACCAAGUAUUCAUGGUUGUUACUUUUUUUGUGGUGCUUUAUUCAUUGAUGAUGAUGCUUAUGUCAGCGUUUUUCACUCGUCAGUUAUUUCCGAUCACGCUGCUUUCUCUAUUUGGAAUCGGAUGUGCCAUGAGCAUCGCAUUUUUGGCAGCCAUUUCACCCAUUUUUGCAUGGAUAGGGCUCGCCAUUUGGUUAUUUUUCUUUGGUUAUGUUUGCUAUCACACUUGUAUAUGCCCAUGA